GGGUAUUUGUCCUAUAUUUUCGGAGGUCACGUGCAACGAGCUAAGGACCCGUGUCUGCCGGCCAAGGUCGGGUAACAAAAGCGGCGUCGCAUAUAGCAGAGAGCCUUUCGCCGGUUACAAAUCUCUCUCUCUACACAAUCAUUGCGCUGCGAAUAUACAGAGAGAAGAUUUGAAGCAUUUUCAUCACUGCUUUAGCCCAUCAUUUCGCUUCCUCUUCUGUGGCUUUGAAACCCUACAGUGUUUUCACUUGUCAGGGAAAGCUCUCAGAGAUCUCAAUAUGUUACAGGGAUGUGAGACUAUGAAUGAGAGUUUCAACAAGGAUAAACUUUCUGACCCUUAUGUUGAACAUAUUAACAAAAACCUUGAGGGUAGGCACCAUAAAAAUGCUGACUCCUUGGUUGAAACUCCAAUCCAUGAAGAUGAAAUUAUGAAAGCUGAGGUAACGAUAGGAAAUUCAGAAAUGGAAUAUAUUGAAUCUGAGAAUUUAGAUGAUGUAGAGGACGUGGAUACGAGUCUUAAGACACUGUUAGCUGGUUUGAACUCCAAAGAUUGGGUUUUGGUGUGCGAGGCACUCAAUAAUGUACGCAAAUUAUCUAUAUAUCACAAGGAAGCGAUGGUUGACAUGUUAGGGAAUGUGAUCUCCCUUAUUGUGAAAUCCCUAAAGAAUCCGAGAAGCACUGUUUGUAAAACUGCAAUCAUGACAUCUUCAGACAUUUUCAGUGCAUAUAGUGACGACAUAAUUGAUUCAUUGGACCCUCUGCUUGUACAGCUUCUUCUCAUGUCUUCACAAGACAAACGAUUUGUAUGUGAGGCAGCUGAGAGAGCUUUAAUAGCCAUGACUACUUGGGUUCCCCCCAUUUUGUUGUUGCCAAAGUUGCAACCUUAUCUUAAGAACAGGAAUCCUCGAAUUCGAGCCAAGGCUUCAAUGUGCUUUUGUCAAAGUGUACCACGAUUGGGAACUGAGGGAAUCAAGGCAUAUGGGAUAGACAAAUUGAUCCAAAUAGCUGCAUCUCAGCUCAGUGACCAACUUCCCGAGUCCAGGAUAGCUGCUCGUACUCUCCUGUUGGAGCUCCAAGUGGUAUACCAGAAAUCUCACAUUCAAUUACCAAGUACAGUAUCUGAGGACGCAGAGAUGGGUUCUUGGAAGCACUUCUGUCAGUCAAAGCUCUCACCUUUAAGUGCUCUAGCAGUGCUUCGUGUGACAAUUAUUGCUCCAGAGGGCCCCAUUUUGGGUUCCUAGCAUGAGGUAUAUAACCAACAUAUAUUGACCUUUAGUGAGUAUCGUUGGUUUCUUCAUUUUCCUUUGUUUUGGCUCAAUGUGUAAUAUAAGGUGAAACAUUGAGACGUUUGGAAAGGUAUUUGAAGCAUGUAGUUGAGCGAUAAAUCCUACAAACAAUUAUCACAGAUGGUUCACUGCCAACUAAAUAUCAUAAUUGUUGUGUAGUGCAUAAUGUUCUGAUAUUUAGUGCUAACUUAACUAAUAUAUUGUUUUUUAGGGAUAACACUAAAAUAUUAUUUUUUGUGUUCUUGUUCAUAAAUUCAAUCAAUUGAACCAAAGGAUU